CUACUGCAGUACUACACACUGUGAUUGGUGGAAGAUGAUGUCGUUGGACAAACCCUCGGCUCUGGUCCAAUCGGAGCCGAAGCCCCGCCCCGUCUCCUCUCAGCCAAUGGGGAAGCGGCGCUGCUCGGUGGGCGGCGGCUUCAGGGCCCCGCCCAAACGCCGUCGCCGCGCCAACAGCGAGAGCCAAUCAGAGUCCAUCCGGCCCAGCCACUUCCUGUUGGGAGGAAACAUCUUCGACCCCCUGAACCUGAACUCGCUCCUGAACGACGAGACACACAGUACUACACACAGUACUACAGACUCCACCGCAGACUCGUCUCCGUUAUGGUGCGAGCUGAACACGGCGCUCACCUGUCGGGACGACUUGGCUCCGCCCCCUCAGCGCAGACACACCCACCCCCCCCUGAGCGGAGGAAACCGACGGCGACGCACCGCCUCCUCCUGCGUCACCACGGCGACCGCCAAGACUCAGCCAAUCCGCUUCGAGACGCCGCAGGUGGGAGGAGCCAAGACCGACGGCGCGUGGCUCCGCCCCUCAGGUCGGCGUCCGCGGGCGAAGGAUCGGUGUCGGUAUCAGUUUGGAAACUUCAGUAAGUUUUACGGUUUCCGCGGUUGCUACGGCGACGGCGAGGGCGCGGUGGGCGGGGCUGACGCGCGGCUCGCCCUGCUGGAGCCCGCCUGGUUCAGGGGCCGGCGGGCGCUCGACCUCGGCUGCGGCGCCGGUCACGUCACGCUGUUCGUCGCUCGAUCCUUUUGCCCCGCCCACAUCCUGGGGGUGGAGCUGGACAAACACCUGGUGCACGCAGCCAAUCAGAACGUCCGACACUUCCUGUCACAUGACCUGGUGCAAGCGGAGCGGGCGAGGAGACGAGGGGACGAGGACACGAGGGAGGAGACGAGGAAGGAUCAGAACCAGGUUCAGGACCAGGUUCAGGACCAGGUUCAGGACCAGGACCAGGUUCAGGACCAGGUUCAGGACCAGGUUCAGGACCAGGUUCAGGACCAGGUUCAGGACCAGGUUCAGGACCAGGUUCAGGACCAGGUUCAGGACCAGGACUUGUGUGAGCUGCAGAGGAUCCUGUCGUCUCUGUCGUUCCCUCAGUCGUUCAGAGUCACUCGAGGUCCCCUGUCUGCUCCUCUGCUCCCCCCGACCCGGACCCAGGACCGGACCAGAGACCAGACCCAGGACCAGACCCAGGACCAGACCCAGGACCAGACCCAGGACCAGACCCAGGACCAGACCCAGGACCAGACCCAGGACUCGUCUGUGGACUUCCCUCACAACGUCACGUUUCUCCAGGGUGAUUACGUGUGCGACGGGGAGGCGUGGCCUGGGCGGGGCCUGUAUGAUGUCAUCCUGUGUCUGGGCGUGGCCAAGUGGGUGCAGCUGCAGGGCGGAGACGAGGGCGUGGCCAGACUCUUCACACGAGCCUAUCAGAGCCUGUCGCCGGGCGGAUUAUUCCUCCUGGAGACGCAGCCCUGGAUCAGCUACUGCCACAGCAAGAGAGCCUCGGAGACGACCUUCAGAAAGUUCCAGACUCUUCGUCUUCGUCCAGAGAAAUUCACUUCGUUUCUGACGGAGACGAUCGGCUUCAGCUCCUACAGACUGCUCACCCGCGCAGGAAACCCUCGGCCUGUUUACCUGUUCCACAAAGGCCCCACCCCCAGGAAGUGACGCGCUGUAAUCGAGGGCUCUGAUUGGCCGUGACCUUGGACUUUAUGAACUGUCAAAGCAAAGCAUCGUGGGAAAUGAGGUCCCCACAGCGACAGGAAGUGACACGUCGGACUUUAACCAAUCAGACGCUUUGACUGAAAUGUGUGAAAAUAAACGACUCGAAAUAAAGAAAAACUCUGGUC